CCGCUUGGGGUCGGAAGUCGGAACUCGGUAGUCCAUCGGAAAGGUAGAAGUAACCCGUGGCGCCUCUCUCCGCGGGCGAGCGGGCGGCCCAAGUGGACGGCGGGCGAAACGAGCAGGAGGACCGCGCGGCUGGAGGCACGACGGGGCCGGCCGGACCUCGUCGGAGGGGCGGGGGUCGGUGGCAGCGCCAGAGCUGGUCGACGGGGGGCCUUUGCGGCGGCGCGGAAGCUCGUCGGUCUUCCGUCGGCGCGAGGACUCGGCGGCGUUGCCGGAGCUCGUGGGCGCGCUGCUCGUGUGGCAGCGUGGGCGGAUCUAGCCGCAUCGCGAGUUUCUCGCCUCUUCCUUCUCUCCGGGGGCCAUGAUCCAGGCGGUGAUGGUGAUGAACACGCAGGGGAAGCCCCGCCUCCUCAAGUUCUACAGCUUCCAGCCCCCCGAGAAGCAUCAGGACCUCGUCCGCGGCGUCUUCCAGCUAUUGUCUGCAAGGCCGGACAGCGUGAGCAAUUUCGUCAAGGUUGAUGCAAUCUUUGGACCGGGAGCGAAACUGGUCUACAAGCAUUUGGCCACACUGUACUUUGUUUUUGUCUUUGAUAGCUCUGAGAAUGAACUUGCUGUGCUUGAUCUUGUACAAGUUUUUGUCGAAACAUUGGACAGAUGCUUCAAGAAUGUAUGUGAGCUUGACAUCGUAUUUAAUUUCAACAAGCUGCAUACAAUUUUGGAUGAAAUGAUACUUGGGGGACAAGUGAUUGAAACAAGUUCAGAGCAAAUAAUGAGAUCUGUAGAAGAGAUUGCAAGGCUGGAAAAACAGUCAAAUACAACUAGCAUCAUACCGAAGUCAAUUUCAGAGCGUUUCAGCCGUUGAGCCGUUAGAGCUUCACUUAUUUUAUGGACAAACGUUCAAUGCAUGAUAGAAGAAAUCCGAUCGAUUGCAUAUUCUACCUCUGCAGUUCUCCGAAGUCUUGAGCAUCUACCGUUUGACAAGAACUUGUAAUCGUCAUGGCGUAGAUUCAUCUGUUCCAGCAUGAAAUUGUAAGGUGUAACCUGAAACGUGAAUUCUUCGGCCCCUGAAUUAUCUGGCUAUGCUUGCCGAUUAAUUGCAAAUUGAAGUAUCAUGCCUCCUAAA